GGCCUCGGCAAGUAACUGUUAUCCUUUCCUUUCUCUCUCAUUCUCCUCUCCGACUAUGAGCACUGGCUUAGUAUAAAAGGAGAAGCCUUGGUGCUGCCAUUCUACAAGAAAAGGGGAACUCAGAAGGAGAGAGAGAGGGAGGGGUGGCGCUCCGGAAAGGGAGCCAGCAGGCCGCCAUGGACAUGGUGCUGGAGCAUGGAGGGGACGAAGAUGACAGAGGGAGCGAGUCGUCCAAGGGGAGCUCGAGUGCUUCGUCGGAUGCAACCGUUAGCAGCACAGCGAGCAAGCUGCAAGCUCUGAGACUUGCAGAGGACCUCUCCCUGCCGUCGGUGCAGGUGGUUGUGAUGAGCGCCAACAUGGGGUGCUCCCACUGCCGACAGCGGGUCGCCAACGUCGUCUCCAAGAUGAACGCAGGGCUGCUGGAUUACAUGGUGGAUUUCGGGAAGAAGGAGGUGACGGUGAGAGGGAAGGUGGUGCCGGCCAAGAAGAGGAAGAAGCACAAGAACCCGUUCGCGGCGUCGCCAUCGACAUCGCCCGGCCACGCCAGGACGCUGUCCUGGUUUUUGGGAUGCUACGGCUCAUAGCAAGCUAGUAUACCAGUCUAUACUACCGCAUUAUAUAGGAACGAGUAUGUGUUAUAUAUAGUAUCUAGCUAGCUUCUUAAUUGUAACCUUGUCUUUCUCUCUCUCUCUCUCUCUCUCUCUCUCUCUCUCUCUCUCUCGUAAUUCUUUCCCUUUUGCUAUUUUUUUACUGUAUUCAUCAGAAUAAUAACGUAGUAAUUUUGUAAUGUA